AUGCCGUCAUACAACUCACGAAACAACUACUUCUCUACAUCGUGUCUUAGCGCUCGAGGACGAGCUUUCCGAAGGAAUGGAGAUGUCGGGAUGCAGCUGCUGACUACUGACAUACAUCAGGUGUUGUCAGAGGCAGUCCGCCAGCGAGACGGCAGUCUCGUCUCCUCGGCCACGCCACCCGGCUGUAAUCCUCCUUACUUCUACCGUUCUUCCCCUGUUCAACCCUUAUGCGAGCAGUUGGUCUCGAUGCUUUCCGUCAAUGAGCAGACAAUCCGAGUUGUAUACAUCCUCCUAUUAUUAUUAUUAUUAUUAUUAUUAUUAUUAUUAUUAUUAUUAUUAUUAUUAUUAUUAUUAUUAUUAUUAUUAUUAUUAUUAUUAUUAUUAUUAUUAUUAUUAUUAUUAUUAUUAUUAUUAUUAUUAUUAUUAUUAUUAUUAUUAUUAUUAUUAUUAUUAUUAUUAUUAUUAUUAUUAUUAUUAUUAUUAUUAUUAUUAUUAUUAUUAUUAUUAUUAUUAUUAUUAUUAUUAUUAUUAUUAUUAUUAUUAUUAUUAUUAUUAUUAUUAUUAUUAUUAUUAUUAUUAUUAUUAUUAUUAUUAUUAUUAUUAUUAUUAUUAUUAUUAUUAUUAUUAUUAUUAUUAUUAUUAUUAUUAUUAUUAUUAUUAUUAUUAUUAUUAUUAUUAUUAUUAUUAUUAUUAUUAUUAUUAUUAUUAUUAUUAUUAUUAUUAUUAUUAUUAUUAUUAUUAUUAUUAUUAUUAUUAUUAUUAUUAUUAUUAUUAUUAUUAUUAUUAUUAUUAUUAUUAUUAUUAUUAUUAUUAUUAUUAUUAUUAUUAUUAUUAUUAUUAUUAUUAUUAUUAUUAUUAUUAUUAUUAUUAUUAUUAUUAUUAUUAUUAUUAUUAUUAUUAUUAUUAUUAUUAUUAUUAUUAUUAUUAUUAUUAUUAUUAUUAUUAUUAUUAUUAUUAUUAUUAUUAUUAUUAUUAUUAUUAUUAUUAUUAUUAUUAUUAUUAUUAUUAUUAUUAUUAUUAUUAUUAUUAUUAUUAUUAUUAUUAUUAUUAUUAUUAUUAUUAUUAUUAUUAUUAUUAUUAUUAUUAUUAUUAUUAUUAUUAUUAUUAUUAUUAUUAUUAUUAUUAUUAUUAUUAUUAUUAUUAUUAUUAUUAUUAUUAUUAUUAUUAUUAUUAUUAUUAUUAUUAUUAUUAUUAUUAUUAUUAUUAUUAUUAUUAUUAUUAUUAUUAUUAUUAUUAUUAUUAUUAUUAUUAUUAUUAUUAUUAUUAUUAUUAUUAUUAUUAUUAUUAUUAUUAUUAUUAUUAUUAUUAUUAUUAUUAUUAUUAUUAUUUAUUAUUCCAUUUCUUUAA